AUGAGGUUUUGUUUUGUUUGCUCUGGUUUUUCCAAAUUUAGAUUUUCCUUGCUCCUACUUAACUUGGAGGAAUACUACUUUGAACAACAUACAGCUAAUCAUAUUCAGAACAAGGGUGGUCACAACGAAAGGAAAAUCAGAGGCUCCUUAAAAAUAUGUUCAAAAUCGGUUAUUUUUGAACCAGAUGCAAUAUCCCAGCCCAUCAUUAAGAUUCCUUUGAGAGAUUGUAUAAAAAUAGGAAAACAUGAAGAAAAUGGAUCCAGUAGACACUUUACAAAGGCAAAAUCUGGGGCGAUUUCACUCCUUUUCAGUCAGGUAUAUUUCAUUAAAGAACACAAUAUCGUUGCACCGUAUAAAAUAGAAAGGGGCACAAUGGAGUAUGUUUUUGAAUUGGAUGUUUCAGGGAAAGUGGAAGAUGUCGUGGAAACGUUGCUUCAGCUUCACAGAGCGUCCUGCCUUGACAAACUUGGGGACCAAACUGCUAUGAUAACCGCUAUUUUGCAGUCGCGUUUGGCUAGGACAUCAUUUGACAAGAACAGAUUCCAGAGUGUUUCUGAAAAGCUGCACAUGGAAUGCCAGGCAGAAAUGGUGACCCCGCUGGUGACGAACCCUGGACACGUGUGCAUCACGGACACAAACCUGUAUUUCCAGCCUCUCAAUGGCCACCCGAAACCCGUGGUGCAGAUAACACUUCAGGAUGUCCGCCGCAUUUACAAGAGGAGACAUGGCCUCAUGCCUUUGGGCUUGGAAGUGUUUUGCACCGAAGAUGACCUCUGUUCUGACAUCUACCUGAAGUUCUAUGAACCUCAAGACAGAGAUGACCUCUAUUUUUAUAUUGCCACGUAUCUAGAGCACCACGUCGCGGAGCGCACGGCCGAAAGCUACACCCUGCAGUGGCAGCGCGGGCACCUCUCCAACUACCAGUACCUCCUGCACCUCAACAACCUGGCCGACCGCAGCUGCAACGACCUCUCUCAGUACCCGGUGUUUCCGUGGAUAAUAAACGAUUACUGCAGCGCAGAACUGGAUUUGUCCAAUCCGGGAACGUUCCGGGAUCUCAGCAGGCCAGUAGGGGCUCUAAACAAGGAACGGCUGGAAAGACUUCUGAGCCGCUACCAGGAAAUGCCAGAGCCAAAGUUCAUGUACGGCAGUCACUACUCUUCUCCGGGCUACGUGCUGUUUUACCUUGUUAGGAUCGCACCAGAGUACAUGCUGUGCCUGCAGAACGGAAGGUUUGAUAAUGCAGACAGAAUGUUCAACAGUAUUGCAGAAACUUGGAAAAACUGUUUGGAUGGUGCCACAGACUUUAAAGAGUUGAUUCCAGAAUUCUAUGGCGAUGAUGUCAGCUUUUUAGUUAAUAGUCUGAAGUUGGAUCUGGGCAAGAGACAAGGAGGGCAGAUGGUGGAUGACGUUGAACUUCCGCCCUGGGCACGGAGUCCCGAGGACUUUCUCCAGAAGAGCAAAGAGGCGUUGGAAAGCGGUUACGUGUCAGAACACCUUCAUGAGUGGAUCGAUCUAAUAUUUGGCUACAAGCAAAAAGGCACCGAUGCUGUUGGGGCCCAUAAUGUAUUUCAUCCGCUGACCUACGAAGGAGGUGUAGACUUGAACAGCAUCGAGGACCCUGAUGAGAAAGUGGCCAUGCUAACCCAAAUCUUGGAAUUUGGGCAGACGCCAAAACAGCUCUUUGUGACGCCCCAUCCUCGACGGAUCACCCCAAAGUGUAAAAGUUUCUCCCAGACCUGCGGUCAUAAUGCUCCCCUAGUGGAUUCUCCAGGUGAAGAGUCUUUUGAGGACCUGACCGAAGAAAGCAAAACACUGGCCUGGAAUAACAUCACCAAACUGCAGUUACACGAGCGAUAUAAAAUCCACAAAGAGGCGGUUACUGGAAUCGCAGUGUCUGGCAACGGCUCGUCCGUCUUCACCACGUCGCAAGACUCCACCCUGAAGAUGUUUUCUAAGGAAUCCAAAAUGCUACAAAGAAGUAUAUCAUUUUCAAAUAUGGCUUUAUCAUCUUGUUUGCUUUUGCCAGGAGAUGCCACGGUCAUCAGUUCUUCAUGGGACAACAAUGUCUAUUUUUAUUCUAUAGCAUUUGGAAGACGCCAGGACACGUUAAUGGGACACGACGAUGCCGUUAGUAAGAUCUGUUGGCAUGACAACCGGCUGUAUUCCGCAUCGUGGGACUCCACAGUGAAGGUGUGGUCCGGGGUUCCUGCAGAAACGACGUGCCCCAAAAGACACCGGUUUGACAUGCUGGCCGAGCUGGAACACGACGUCAGCGUAGAUACAAUUAGCCUAAAUGCCGCAGGUACGAUGUUGGUCUCGGGCACCAGAGAAGGCACAGUGAGUAUCUGGGACCUCACCACGGCCACCAUACUGCACCAGAUCCCGUGCCAUUCGGGGACCAUACGUGAUGCUGCUUUUAGCCCAGACAGUCGCCACGUCCUCAGCACAGGUGCAGAUGGCUGUCUAAACGUCAUAGAUGUGCAGACGGGAAUGCUCAUCUCCUCUAUGACCUCAGACGAGCCCCAGAGGUGCUUCAUCUGGGAUGGAAAUUCUGUUUUGUCUGGAAGUCAGUCUGGUGAACUGCUUGUUUGGGACCUCCUCGGAGGAAAGCUCAGUGAGAGAAUACAGGGCCACACAGGUGCUGUGACAUGUAUGUGGAUGAAUGAACAGUGUAGCAGUAUCAUCACAGGAGGGGAAGACAGACAAAUUAUGUUCUGGAAAUUGCAGUAUUAA